UCAGUCAGCAGCCAUGGAGGGAUUUCAGGAGGAACUUGUGAGCGCCCUGAGGGAGGUGGUGAGCAACAGCCACUGGCAGUGUGUCGGGGAGAAGAGGAGCUUUAAAGCUACAUGCACCAAACUAUUUUCAGAAGAUGGUGAACAUUUGGUUCUAAUUCAUACUACUGAUGACAAAUUCUAUGCCAUGGAUUCUUCAUGUCCUCAUGAAGGUGGGCCGCUGGAACAGGGAGACAUUGAGGAGUUGUGUGAUGGUCGAUUGGCUUUAACUUGUCCUUGGCAUUAUUUUGAGUUCUGCUUGGAUGAUGGCUCUUCUUCUACAGGAUUACAGAACCAGGUAUAUGAGGUGAAAGUUUAUGAAGGGAAGGUUUAUAUUCAAACUCAAAACGCAUUGUCUCUCACUCCUUGGAAGGAAACGCCAUGCACAGUUUCUGUUAAUUCUGAGCCUGCAGCCAUCUCUCAGGGUUCAGAUGCUGAAUCCACUCUGUCCUAUUGGGCCUGCAAAAUUCUCAGCACUGCAGACCCACAGGAAAAGGUAAAGCUGACACAGCAUGUACAAACCUUGUGGGAAUCGGGAAAGAUCUCAGAGAUUGGUCAAAUGGAGCCUCCUGCCCAACCACAGCGUAAAGAGAAUCUAAUCAUUGUACAGCCAGGGAGGAUUAAGAGAGGAAAGGGUGGAACGCUGAGCAGCAGGAUAGCUCUGUUGCAUUCAAUGGCCAACAUUGAGCAGUGGGCGAUAGACCUGUCAUGGGACAUCAUUGCCCGCUUUGCCCAUUUCAGAUUGUGCACAGGAGAGACACUGCCAAGGGAUUUCUUCUCAGACUUUGUUAAAGUGGCUGGAGAUGAAGCCAAGCACUAUAGCCUGCUGGAGAAGAGACUAGCAGAACUGGACAGCAACUUUGGAGCUCUACCUGUGCACAAUGGCUUGUGGCAAUCAGCUGCAGAUACGGCACAUGAUCUGCUUGGGCGCCUGGCUAUUGUGCACAUGGUCCAUGAGGCAAGAGGAUUAGAUGUUCACCCUCAGACAAUGCAGCGCUUCUCUACUCAGGGAGACGACAGCUCUGUCAGAAUAUUGGAAGUAAUCUACACGGAUGAGAUUACUCAUGUGGCUGCGGGGCUGAAAUGGUUCACUUACAUCUGUGGCAAGGAGCAGCGGGACUGCUUAUCCACUUUCCACGAGCUGGUGCCACUGUAUUUUAAAGGAUACUUGAAACCCCCUUUUAAUACAGAGGGAAGAAGAUCAGCAGGGAUGUCAGAGGAGUGGUACUUGCCUCUGGUUAAGCCAUCCUGACUUUUCUACACGGACUGCCUCAGCAACUACAGAUGUCUCUGUGCUUGUUUUAAAGCACUUUCUCAGCUAAUUGCCUGUAUAAUGGUUAAUAGAGGAAUUUUACAAAGAAGAAAUCCAGCAGUUUUAAUUUUUUUGUUAAACACAACCGUUCCCAUGUUUGACAAAAUGUCAAUUUACCUACACAGUGACAUUGCUUUUUUAUCACUUAUUUAUAAAUGUAUGGGAUCAGACAGUGAGGUUGUGUCCAAAAUACCUCAAGAGCCAUAUUCUACUGUUACAGCAUAAAGUGGGAUAUUAUUAUGAUGCUGUCAUUAAAGAAAUUCUUUAUUAAAGUAUGCUUUUAUGGAAAUGUCUUGGUUCUGACUGUGCAGGGAUCUUUUAAUGUAUGAGGAAAGGAAAUCAGAUCUUAAAUAAAA